CUAACAUCCUAUUAUUCUUUGGACAAUGCCGUUCAGAGAAUUAAGUGCUUCAUUCAGAAAAAGAAUUCCACGAGGCAGCAAAGCGGAACGACAUAGCCAGGAUGCAAGAGCUCAUCAGGACAAGGGUUAAUGUCAAAGCCAAAAACAAUACAGACAGGACUGCUUUGCACUGGGCUGCUGGAGCUGGGAGCGAGCAAGCCGUUCGUCUGCUGCUGGAGCACGAAGUCCCAGUGGAUGACAAAGACAGUUUCGGAAUGAAUGCACUCCUCCUCUCUGCUUGGUUUGGCCAUCUGCGCGUUCUUCAGAUCCUCGUGAACGCCGGUGCCAAGAUCAACUGUGUCAAUAAGAAUGGCAGGAACCUGCUGCACUGUGCAGCUCAGAGAGGUCACAUCAAGGUGAUGGAAUUCAUUAUGGAGGACCUGGAGGACGUGCAUGUGGAUAAGACAGACAAGAUGGACAAGACGGCAUUUCAUCUGGCUGCAGAGCACGGGAGGUUAGAGGUGGUGGAGUUCUUGAUUGGGUCAGGUUGUAGUCACAGUGUUAAAGACAAGGAAAAGAACACAGCCCUACAUUUAGCUGCUAAAAAUGGGCACCCCACGGUGCUGCAGAAGAUUGUAGAAAUUGGACUGGACCUAGAAGAAAAGAACAUGGAAGGUCUGACUGCUCUGCACUUGGCUGUGGAGGAAGGCCACUACGACUGCGUGAAAGUCCUCUUGGAAGCUGGUUGUGACGUUAAUGCCCAAACCCAGAAAGCGAUGACCUGCCUUCAUUAUGCAGCUCUCCAUGGCUAUGAAUACAUGGCCAGGAUCCUUGUUGAUGCAGGAAUCUACAUAGAUGCAGUUAAUCAUCAAAAUGCAUCAGCUGUGCACAUUGCAGUGCUGCAGAACUUCCCAGCCAUCGUUAAACUCCUCAUCGACACAGAGUGCAACCUGGACAUCCCGGAUAACAGGCAGCAGACACCACUCCAUAUCGCUGCAGAACACGGGAGACAAGACAUAGCUGAGAUGAUUCUUAUAGCAGGAGUUAACUUGAAGUUAAUUGAUAAGCAAGGAAAAACAUCCCUGGAUGUAGCUGCCCGGGGUAAUCAUAUCAACUUGGCGGACAUGAUUAUCAAAGCAGAUCGGUUUUACAAAUGGGAGAAGGACAAUCUCAACAGUGACUCCAACUCCUGGGUGGCAAAACACUUAACCUUUAAACAAGAUCACAGGCUGGAAACACAGCACAUUCGCUCAGUGAUGUGGAGAUUAGCUACUAAAUACCUCAAACCCAGCGAAUGGAAGAAGCUUGCACAUUACUGGAAAUUCACUGAUGCACAUAUCAGAGCCAUUGAGCAGCAGUGGGCAGGUACUAAAAGCUACAGGGAGCAUGGCCACAGAAUGUUGCUUAUUUGGCUUCAUGGUGUGAUCAUGGCAGGAGAAAAUCCAAUCAAAGGACUAUACGAAGGCCUGGUGGGGAUUUGUAGAAGAGACUUGGCAGAAAGCAUUAGAAAAAAGGCAAAUGCAGAAUCCACUUCUCCAAGGAAGUGUACAGCAAUGUAACAACUGAAGGGGAAAUGACUGUCCGAUGCUGCCUCUGCUGAUUUUUUCCUAGAAACUACAGUGAUUGAACCUGAAUCACUGAACUAUUCACCAAAAAGUGGCCAUAAAACUUUUAAGGGCUUCUUGUCAUGACAAGUGGCACUUCCGCUGCUUCCACUUGAGAUCAGGUAAACUACGAGACAUCAGCACAUGCUAAUUUUAAAACAUCUUUAUGCAAGUGUGGGGUUUAUUUGCUGUUGCAUAGAUGCUGGUGACUAUAAUACAAGCAAGGGGAAAUGGCAUUUGUGAUACUGUGACUGCGUUUCAAUUAGGACUCAUUUUCUUACUGUAAUUUGUUUACACCUCGUUUUUUGUAGGUAUAAUUUUUUUAAUUGUCUUUUAUAAGUUACAAAGGGGAGAACCUUUCUAUUUAAGAUGUAGUAAGAUGUGUUCUUUACCCAAACAUCUUCAGUUUUUGUCCAUGUCACCUAUGGUUUAUUGUGGGAAGAAUGCUCAAUUGUUUAGCUGCUGGCAUCGUUACAUGUGUGUUUUUGGGGGGAAGGGGGGGACAACGAGGGGUAUUACCUGGACUGUAUUAAAAGAGGGAUCAGAUUUUGGAUCCCAAAGCCUCGACAGUUUCCCAUUAGCUGGCAUUUGAAAGGCUACAAAUCCCAUAGUCCUGUGCAACUGAAUGUUUGUUAUUUGCCCAAAAUACACUUUUGUUGAGUCAAUACUUUUCCAAUUCAUUUUACCUUAUAUAGAUGAACCACUUCUAACUUUUUGUGCUCUAAAAAUGCACAACUCAAAAGCAAGCAGGAUUUGAAGAGUCAGUUCCCCUCCUUGGCGCAUAAACAUCUGCAUAUUCCUAAAGGGAAAAAUGUCAGCAUAUAGGCUAACACGUUCUUGCCAAACAGGUAGCCUAGCCUUGAGUGCCAGUACGUGCUUUACUCGAUUUCAGUACAGAAGAGGUAAUUACCUGUUAUUUAUACCAACCCUCACAAAGCGCACUUUCCUUAAAUACUCAGCAAUUUGUCAUGUGAAGUUUUGUAUUUUUUACAGUGUUUAAGGGGGAAAUAAAAUCUGUUCUCCAAUAAACAGGAAUAUUUUUCCUGUAAGGUGAUGGGUGAUUUCUUUUAGUUCAAUCUGUUUUAUAAAAUGCUUUUUAAAAUUCACAUCCACAUGCUGAAAACACUCUUAUCCAACGCAAUUAAAUUGGAAUUCACUAUGAUUCAAGCUGUUUUACUGUUCAAUAAACACCCUUAAAGCAAAUCUAAGCAGAAUUUAACAUCCGUCAGCAGACCUUUUCUGAUCUUAGCGCUGCACUUUGAUGCUUUUUACAUCCACAUGCAGCUCUGAAAGAUCACGUUAAGCUACAGUAAUUCUAUUUAGUCAAUUAGAAAAAAGCCACUUGUUGAAAUUGAAGUUUUAUUGAAAACCAUUGUUACAGCUAGCAAGAAAGUUAAAAACUGUAACGCUUUAUAUUUCAGGUAGAAAUAAAGUAACUAACUUGCAACACAAGAUAUGAACCAAAUAAGUGAUGUCAACAUUGGCACUUCAGCAUUUUUCAAUCUAAAUAUUCAACAAAAUUAUAAAUGAGCUUAAGUACACAACCUGCAUGUGCAAUAUAUACAGCUAA